AUCAAAUUCUGACGUAUUUUUCUCUACUUAUUUGUUACAAUUCAUUUUUAGAGCUUUCAAAGUAACUUAUAUAAAAAAUUCAAGUUUUUACCAAUAUUUGAAGGCCCUAUUUCUUGGACUAUAGACUUAGAAUACAGAACGUUGAAGGCCGUAAAUUUUAUGUCCGGAGUGCACCUGGCACUACCUACAAUAUCUAUCACAGCCUAGAAAAGGAGCAUUGCUACUUGAAAUAUAAUGUGUUAAAAAAUGUUAGUGAGUGAAUUAAUCAAUCGUCAUAUGCAAAGGGUCCAGCUGCAACUACCACACUAGGAGCAGUUCAGAGCAGUUACAGACAACGCAAUAAAACAACAGCACUUCUAUUAUUGAGUGGUCUGUAAAAUCCGGUUUGUGCAUUGAAAAGCAAAUCGCUGCGUUGCCAGCUGUGCGACGUAAUCUACACGCAAGGCCAACUUUGUGAAGUCGACGAAGAGGGUGUGACGAAGAUGGCCACCACCUAUGUGAACUUGCUGCGUUGCCAGCAAUGCGACGUGAUUUAUAUCGGAAACGAAGUCUACGCCGCUCAUAUCCAGGGUACCCAGCACCAAAGGACGACGCUAGAGUACACAAAGCAGGGCAUACCUAUCCCGCCCCAGGAGCCCGACAUUAUCGUAGGGGCCAUCGUACGUUUUGACAGCAGGCUACGUUGCCGACUGUGCCAUGAGACCUUCGCCCGCAACGACGACUACGUCAGACACAUCCGAGGCCGCAAGCACCACAAGGUCACGCUGAUGUAUAUCAAGAUGGACAUGCCCAUACCUCCGCAGGUGCCGAAAAUUAUCGUAGGGAUGCGCGAGUCAGGUGAGCAGCCGGAGAAUUUGACGAUGUUGGCUCCAGCGUUGGACCCCAUCAUUUACAGCCGUGCUGUAAACUUUCUGCGUUGCCAGCUGUGUCACACGACCUGUAACGCUAAAAAAGACUACCACGCGCACAUCCAGAGCUUCAAGCACGAGAAGAUGAGGCUGCUGUACACUUGGCUGGGUAUGCCUAUCCCGACGGAGGAUCCCGAGGUUACCGUAGCGUGGCGAAGGGCCAGGGAGUACCAAAAAAUAAAGAAAAAAAACGUCAAAUUGGUGCAGUCGGAGAGUUUGACGCAGACUGAUACCUCGAUGGCCACCGCCAAUGUAGGGGAGCCAGACAGUUAUUGCGUGACUGGAGUUCAGGAGGUAGCUGUGGCACAGGAGGCUGCGCCGGACAGCAAGGAGGAAGAUGUGUCCGAUGGGAUUCCUGACCCGGACAUACAGUCCCCCGGUCAAGAUUAUAUAGAAGAGAUCAAGAAUGGCAAGGUGAUUAUGUUCAACUGCAAACUAUGUGAGUGUCAUUUCAAAGUUCCUGACGCCAAAAAGAUGCACAUGACGAGUCGCAGACAUGAGCUCCAGUACAAGAAAAAAGUGAAUCCUGACCUGAUCGUUGAUGAAGAUUAUCUAUGGGUUGAUGUCAAGUCGUCCUUGAGUGACAAUAAUUUCCGGGAAGAUAAGUCGGGGGGUUUGGAGGCUAGCCCAAGUGAGUCUGACAGUAAUGGUGAGGCUACGCUGAAUGAGGACGAUACGGACGAAGAUAGGAUUUCUAGACCGGACAUCCAAGCCUCUAAUCAAGAUUGCAUUGAAGAUAUCAAGAAUGACGAAGGCAAGGUAAUUGGUUUCAAUUGCAAACUGUGUGAGUUUUAUUUCGACGUUCCUGACGCCAAGAAGAUGCACAUGAAGGGGCGCAAGCAUAGGCGCCAGUACAAGAAAAAAGUGAAUCCUGACCUGGUGGUUGAUGGUAAAACCGAAGAAGAGUUGCAAAGUUCUUGUUCCGUUCUGUAAAUGAUUAGUCAUUCAUUAAGUUUCAAUUGCAAACUGUGCCAGUGUUAUUUCAACAAAAUAGCGAUGCACAUGAAGGGAUGCAGACAUCGGCUCUGAUACAAGAAAGAAGUGAAUCGGCAUUACUGACCUCUGUGACCCUAUUCUUCACCACUACUUGCAUCUCCGAGAAAGCCAUAUACCUCUAACUGUGCCUAUAAUAAAAGUAUUUUAAAUGUAUUUGUGUGUGGUGUGAUCUUAUAUGUAUAUUAAUGUAUUGUAAUUAUUGUUUGUAUCAAAAAAGUAACGUUAAUAUUUACUUCAGAUACUCUCUACAAAAAAAAACAAUAUUUUAAACAUGAUGUUUUGUACUAUGGUACAUAAUAUGUCUUAUAUUUUUCUCUCUUAGUUAGGUAUAUAUACAGGGUUGUUCACCACAUACGACACGGAGUAUUGUGGCUAAACGAUGAUAUUUUUA